AUGCUCCUCUGGCUCCUGUCAGUCUCUCUGGUCCUGUGCGGUGCCGCCGCUGGGAAAGUGCGCAACCUCUGCUACGCGGCCUGCUACGGCCAUCUGCAAGCGGCAAAGCACUUCCUGGAGCAGGGCGCCGCCGUGGAUGCCAAAGACGACAACGGCUACACGGCGAUGAUGUGGGCAGCACAGGAGGGCCAUCUGGAUGUGGUGAAAUACCUCGUCGAGCAGGGCGCCGCCGUGAAUGCCAAGGAAAAACGAGGUAGCACGGCGAUGAUGUGGGCAGCACAGAAGGGUUAUCUGGAUGUGGUGAAAUACCUAGUCGAGCAGGGCGCCGCCGUGGAUGCCAAAGCCGAUUACGGCUACACGGCGAUGAUGUUGGCAGCGCAGAAGGGCCAUCUGGAUGCGGUGAAGUACCUCGUCGAGCAGGGUGCAGACGUGGAUGCCAAAGACGAUGACGGCUACACGGCGAUGAUGUUGGCAGCGCAGAAGGGCCAUCUGGAUGCGGUGAAAUACCUCGUCGAGCAGGGUGCAGACGUGGAUGCCAAAGACGAUGACGGCUACACGGCGAUGAUCUAUGCAACACAGCAGGGCCAUCUGGAUGCGGUGAAGAACCUCGUCGAGCAGGGUGCCGACGUGAAUGCCACGAGCAAACACGGCUGCACGGCGAUGAUGUUGGCAGCGAAGAAGGGCCAUCUGGAUGCGGUGAAGUACCUCGUCGAGCAGGGUGCAGACGUGAAUGCCGCGAGCAAAUACGGCUACAUGAUCUAUGCAGCACAGAGUCCGGAUGUGAUGAAUUACCUCGUCGAGCAGGGUGCCGACGUGAAUGCGAAGACCAAACACGGCUAA